AUGCUCAAGGUGAGUGCGUCCGAGAAGAAGUACAUCGCCGAGGGCGUGGCCGCCGACGUGCGCGCGGACGGCCGCGACCGCCUCUCGUACCGCAGCCUGUCGCUGGAGACGUCGCUGCUGGCGCAGUCCAACGGCUCGGCGCGCGCGUCGCUCGAGGCGUCGGGCACCGACGUGCUGGCCAGCGUCAAGCUCGAGGUGGCGCCGCCGCUGCCCGAGGCCCCCAGCGCGGGCAUCGUGCAGGUGGCCGUGUCCUGCUGCCCGUCGGUCUCGGCCAAGCUCUACGGCCGCGCCGUGGAGGAGCUGAACGUGGAGCUGUCGCAGCUCAUGACGCGGCUGCUGUGCUCGUGCCCCAGCGCCGAGCUCGGCAAGUACUGCAUCAUCCCGGGCGAGAGCGUCUGGGCCAUCAGCAUCGACGUGAUGGUGUUCGAGUCCAGCGGCAACCUGCCCGACGUCAUCUCCAUGGCCAUCUACGCGGCGCUCAACGACACGGUCUUCCCGUCCGUGCGGCUCGUGGGCGUCGAGGGCGAGGACAAGACCAUCGAGGUGGACACGGACCCCGCCGCGGGCCGGCUCAUGACGGCCCAGCACUGGCCCAUCUGCGUGACGCUCAGCAAGAUCGGCGACUACUUCAUCACGGACCCGCUGCAGGAGGAGGAGCUGUGCACGACGGCGCAGAUGAGCGUGGCCGUCAACCCCGAGGGCAGCGUCUGCGGCGUGCAGAAGAGCGGCACGGGCGCCAUCGAGAUGGAGGAGAUGCAGCAGAUGAUCGACGAGGCGUGCGCGCGGUCCAAAGAGCUAUUUAAACUGCUGCAGGAGACUCUGCGCGAGCAGAGAGAUAGAGACGCCAAGGCAGGACACAGGGUCGAGCGCGUCGGCUUCCUCGGCUAG